UACGUGCUUUAUCUUAGCGGCUGAGUGUGACGUGAUAUUGCAGCCUUGCUUCCAGAGCUCUGCAAGCACCAAGCAAAAGCGCGUCUAUUUCUCUUUGUGUUAUAACUCACAAGUCCAGGUAAAACAUCUCCACAUCCCUCCACCAGAAGGAUCUCUUCUUUCUUUUUUUCUCUUCUACCCGUUUUUUCCCCAAAUCAGAGGAAAAAACCGACUUUACCAGAGAAGAAAUCAUUGGGGGGUGAAUAGAGAAUUGGGAGUCUGUCGAUUUAAUUUAUGGGAACACAUUUUUUGGGGGGGGGGGAAACGGUCGCUUCUUUUCGUCACUACAAGAUUUAUUUUUUUUUAUUCUCUUUUUCUCUCUUGAUAUUUUUCUAUUCUGCUCGGUGGCUGUCGUGCGCUCCGGUUUUGAUGGGAAAAAGCCAGCAUCAGAAGAAGGAGAGGACAGGGAGGAUAUGAGCGGGCAGAGCGGAGUCUAACGCAUUUUAUUCCCAUCCACUGAACCAUCUUGUUGCGCCGGACUACUGUCGUCGGGAAUGGAGAGUAUUGAUUCACCGAAGGGCUGCAGAAUUUAUUUAUAAGGAUGUGGUCAGUGUUGGAAAAAUAGCCAUAGCUUCCGCAGUGUAAGGCCAAAUGACAUAGGAUGAAGGCUGUUCGAAACCUGUUGAUUUAUAUAUUUUCCACCUAUCUUCUGGUUAUGUUUGGAUUUACUGGUGCCCAAGAUUAUUGGUGUUCCACUCUGGUCAAGGGGGUCAUUUAUGGAUCAUACUCGGUGUCUGAAAUGUUUCCCAAGAACUACACAAACUGUACAUGGACGCUGGAGAACCCAGACCCAACCAAAUACAGCAUCUACCUUAAACUAUACAAGCGAGACUUGAGCUGCUCUGAAUACUCUUUGCUUGCUUAUCAGUUUGAUCACUACUCACAUGAGAAGAUUAAUGAGUUGCUCAAAGUGAACGCAUCUAUUGUGUAUCUGUGUGAUUCAAAGAAUAAUUACAUAUUUUUGCUGUACGACAAAAAUUUUGCUCAGCUGCGAAGGGUUUUUCCUUACGAUUACAAUGGAUUGACACCGCAGAAGCUGGAUGACGAGGAGCAGUCUAUCCUGGAGUUCUUAAUAUUGAAUAAGGCGAGCCCUAGCCAGUUUGGGUGUCAAGUGCUUUGUACGUGGCUGGAAAACUGCCUGAAAGCAGAGAAAGGGACAGUGGAGGCAUGUGGGAUUGUGUACACCAAAUGCACAUGUCCCCAGCAUUUAGGCGAUGGAGAAUCAGAGAGCAUGCUCAUGCUCAAUAAUGUGGUUUUACCUCUAAAUCCACAAACGGAGGGUUGCUUGUCACCUCAGCUGCAUGUCGGUCAGGUCUGCAAUCUGAGUUCAGAAGUAAGGCGGCCUCCUAAAGAAGAAUAUGGAAUGAUCGGAGAGCAUACUGUAAAAAGUCAGCGGCCACGAUCAGUUCAUGACACAAAGGCCCUGAAGGAGCAAGCUGAAUCUGCUAAAUUUAUGGCACAAACUGGUGAAUCAGGUGCAGAGGAGUGGUCCCAGUGGAGCUCAUGCUCUGUAACAUGCGGUCAAGGGUCGCAGGUGCGAACAAGAACAUGUGUCUCACCAUACGGAACACACUGCAGCGGCCCUUUAAGAGAAUCAAGGGUUUGCAAUAACACUGCCCCUUGUCCAGUACAUGGUGUAUGGGAGGAGUGGUCACCGUGGAGCCUUUGCUCAUUCACAUGUGGCCGGGGUCACCGCACUAGGACUAGGAUGUGUGCUCCUCCCCAGCACGGUGGCAGGGCCUGUGAUGGACCUGAGACCCAGACUAAACUUUGCAACAUUGCCCUGUGCCCAGUGGACGGACAGUGGCAGGAGUGGAGCUCUUGGAGCGAUUGCUCGGUGACCUGUGCCAAUGGCACUCAGCAGAGGACCAGGCAGUGCUCAGCAGCCGCCCAUGGGGGAUCUGAGUGUCGCGGUCACUGGGCAGAAAGCAGAGAGUGCCAUAAUCCUGACUGCACAGCUAAUGGCCAGUGGAAUCCCUGGGGCCUGUGGAGCGGCUGCUCUAAGUCCUGUGAUGGAGGAUGGCAGAGGCGUACCAGGGUGUGUCAGGGGGUUGCAGUGACCGGGCAGCAGUGCGAUGGAACAGGAGAGGAAGUACGAAAGUGUAGUGACCAACGCUGCCCAGCGCCAUAUGAGAUUUGUCCAGAGGACUAUGCAAUGUCGAUGGUUUGGAGACGGACCCCGUCGGGAGAGCUUGCCUUUAAUAGAUGCCCACCCAAUGCCACAGGCACCACUAGUCGACGCUGCUCUUUGGAUCAACGCGGCAUGGCCUUUUGGGAGCAGCCAAGCUACGCUCGAUGCAUAACAAAUGAAUUCAGAUACUUGCAGCAAUCAUUCUUGGAGGUUCAGGGUCAUCUUGCAAAGGGCCAGAGGAUGCUGGCGGGUGAUGGGAUGUCCCAGGUUACCAAGAACCUCCUGGAUCUCACCCAGCGCAGGAACUUUUACGCUGGUGACCUUCUCUCAUCAGUGGAGAUCCUUCGCAAUGUGACAGAGACCUUCAGGAGGGCAAGCUACGAGCCUUCCUCAGAUGAUGUUCAAAACUUUUUUCAAAUCAUCAGCAACCUCUUGGAGGAGGAAAAUAAGGAGAAAUGGGAAGAUGCACAAAAGAUCUAUCCUGCAGCAGUGGAACUCAUGCAGGUCAUAGAGGAGUUCAUCCAUAUUGUUGGACUGGGCAUGAAGGAUUUUCACAAUGCCUAUCUAAUGACUGGAAACUUAGUGGCCAGCAUCCAGAGACUUCCAGCAGUGUCUGUGAUGACUGACAUCAACUUCCCCAUGAAAGGUCGUAAAGGCAUGGUCGAGUGGGCCAGGAACUCAGAAGAUAAAGUGGUCAUCCCAAAGGGACUCUUUGUUUCCCAGUCAGCAGACAUGGAGGGGUCGCCUGUGUUCAUUUUGGGAACUGUUCUCUACAAAACUCUUGGACUCAUGCUACCUUCACCAAAGAAUCACACCGCUGUGAACUCCAAGGUUAUCGCUGUGACCGUGAGACCUGAGUACAAGUCAACAGACUCCCACCUUGAGAUUGAAUUGGCUCACCUGGCAAAUGGAACAUUGAAGCCGUACUGUGCACUCUGGGACAGCAACAUAAUGAACGAUUCUUGGGGAGCCUGGUCCGCGAAAGGAUGCAAAACGGUGCUCACAGAUGCAUCCCAUACAAAAUGCUCGUGUGAUCGUGUAUCUACCUUCGCCAUUUUGGCUCAACAACCGAGAGGAAUAACUAUGGAGUACUCAGGGGUCCCAUCUGUGACUCUGAUAGUUGGCUGUGGUUUGUCUUGCCUCGCCUUGAUUACACUGGCAGUCAUCUACAUUGUCUUAUGGAGAUAUAUCCGAUCUGAACGAUCCAUUAUUCUGCUGAACUUCUGCCUUUCUAUAGUCUGCUCAAACAUACUAAUCCUUGUUGGACAAACACAGACCCACAAUGUGGGUGUGUGCAUCAUGACAACUGCCUUCCUGCACUUCUUCUUUCUGGCAUCCUUCUGCUGGGUCCUCACAGAAGCCUGGCAGUCAUACAUGGCAGUGACAGGGAAGGUUCGCACCAGGCUCAUCCGGAAGCGUUUCCUGUGUCUUGGCUGGGGGUUACCAGCUUUAGUUGUCGCAAUUUCAAUGGGAUUCACUAAAACAAAGGGCUACGGGACGCCCUUAUACUGUUGGCUCUCCUUAGAGGGUGGGCUCCUGUAUGCCUUCGUUGGACCUGCAGCAGCUGUUGUUUUGGUCAACAUGGUGAUUGGUAUAUUGGUGUUUAAUAAGUUAGUGUCCAGAGAUGGAAUCCUGGACAAGAAGCUGAAGCAUCGUGCAGGGUAUGACAGCACAUCCUUACAGAUGAGUGAGCCGCAUACAGGAUUAACUCUCAAGUGUGCCAAAUGCGGUGUUGUAUCAACAACUGCUUUAUCAGCAACAACAGCUAGCAAUGCGAUGGCAUCGUUGUGGAGCUCCUGUGUCGUCCUACCUCUGCUGGCUUUGACCUGGAUGUCUGCCGUGCUCGCCAUGACGGACAAGCGCUCUAUCCUUUUCCAGAUCCUAUUUGCCGUCUUUGACUCCUUGCAGGGUUUUGUCAUUGUCAUGGUGCACUGUAUCUUGCGGAGAGAGGUCCAAGAUGCUUUUAGAUGUCGGCUUAGAAACUGUCAAGAUCCAAUCAGUGGUGAUGCAACAGGAACCUUCCCUAAUGGGCAUGCUCAGAUAAUGACAGACUUUGAGAAAGAUGUGGACAUCGCCUGCCGAUCAGCACUCCACAAGGAUAUGGGCUCGUGUCGUGCAGCCACCAUAACAGGUACCCUCUCCCGCAUUUCCCUCAAUGAUGAGGAGGAUGAGAAAGUGCCUGAGGGCCUCAACUACUCCACGUUGCCAGGCAACAUCAUCUCCAAAGUGAUAAUCCAGCAGCCUUCAGCUCUGCACAUCCCAGUAGGGAUGGGGGAGCUGAAAGACCAAUGCAUGUCUGAGAGCAAUGCGGACAUGAGGCGUACAGUGUACCUUUGCACAGAUGACGGCAUGCGCCAGAGUGACCACGACAUGGGCGGUCACGACAUGGAGGGCCAUCCGGUUCAGGGUCAAAUGAUGGAGACGGACUACAUAGUGAUGCCUCGUGCCUCUGCAGGUGCAGUGUCUGGGUCAGUCACACUGCCUACUCUCAUUAAGGAGGAGCCCAAGAUGAGUGCUGGGAUGGAUACGCUUCCCCAUGAGAGGCUAAAGCAUUACAAGAUAAGUCCUGACUUCAAUAUCAACCCGUCAGGCAUGGACCACAUGAAUGUGAACCUGGAGCACCAGUAUCCUAGUGCUCCAGAGCAGAUGCAAACCCUGCCCUUUGAACCUCGCACAGCUGUUAAGAACUUCCUUGCAGAGAUGGAGGAAAGCGGGGGCCUUUCUCGGAGUGACACUGGCUCAACAAUAUCAAUGAGCUCCCUGGAGAGAAGAAAGUCAAGAUACUCUGAUCUGGACUUUGAGAAAGUCAUGCACACCAGGAAAAGACACAUGGAGCUGUUCCAGGAACUGAAUCAGAAAUUUCAAACCCUGGACCGAUUUCGAGACAUACCAAAUAUGGGCAGCAUGGACAAGGCAAUGCCAAAACAGAACCCGUGGGAGAGCUACAAUCCAGCCUGUGAGUACCAGAACUACGCCACUAUGAAUGUACUAGAUUCUGACACCAAGGACUCGCUGGAGAUGACGCCUGCAGAAUGGGAGAAGUGUGUCAACUUACCCUUAGAUGUCCAGGAAGGAGACUUCCAGACAGAAGUGUAAAGAGUCAAGAAGGUGGAGAAAAAAUGCAAACUUGGAAAGGAGGAGAAGGGGAUGUAUUUUGCACUGAUUAAAGCAACAGACUUUUCUAACAGCCUUGGCAAACAUAUCUGGAACUUACGAGCGUGGCAGGGACAAAAUGUGCCAAUACAAUAUAUGGACCGGUGAGAGAGGAAAAAAAAGAAAAAUAAAAAGGGAUAAAAACAUCAGUGUUACUUUUUGUAUUCUCACUAGUGUACUUAGUGUGGGGCAGCCUGGUGUACAAUAUUUACCAUCCUGUGUUACCAAUUAUCUGUGGAGGAAUUGGCUGAAAAAAAAACUCUCUUAAUGAAACCUCACAAAGCAAAUGACAUGCCAUGUCGUCCCAGCUUCAUCGGGUCUAGUUUUGAUUUCCUAAAACUGGACCUGGGAGCACAAUGUAUAUAUUUAUGCAGUUUUUAAAAAGUUUAUAACAGUCCGUUUGGCCAUUACUACACUUUUUACUUUAUAAUAUAAAACAUGGGAGGCAAAGAGGAUUUUUCUGUCAUAUUAAAAUGAAUGUUUGUCAAGCUACAUUCUUCAUUGCUUUAAAUGCAAUAAAGAUAAUACUCACUUUUAUAUAAAUAAUAUAUUUCACAACUUUAAUACUGCAGAAUCUGCUUGAAGGAUCCCAGCAAGCUCUCUCAUCUGCAGCUCUGUAUAAAAUAUUUAAAAAAAUGUUGUACGGUGUAAAUAAACUUUUGUCUACAUAUGUUUUACUUGUGCCAAUUUAUUUUAUGAGGUAAAAAAAAAAAAAUGCCAACCUGACCAGAAGUUAUAGCGAAAAAUGUUAACAUUUGAAAAGGAAUGUAAAUAAAAGAGGAAAUAUGUUCGUACUGCUUCA